AUGGCCAACGACACUCUAAUGAAGGAGGGCAAAGACAUUGCGGCCAUACCCUUGGCAGUCACCGACUUCAAUGUCUUGGUUGCGCUGCUGGGUGGGUUCAUCUCGCUAUUUGGGCUGGUGUCAUAUCUCUUCAAGGAGACAUACUACCUAUCUGAAGCUCUCAUAUCACUCUUGGCAGGUGUAGCCUUUGGGCCGUUUGCCGCCGAUUGGAUCCGGCCUUGGUCUUACGCCGCUUGUCACCGAGAUCGCCUCACGGACGCGCAAUGUGAGGACCGGCUGGGUGCCAUCACGCUCAACUUUUCCAGGCUGGUACUCGGCGUGCAGCUGGUUCUCGCUGGAGUCCAGCUGCCUAGCAAGUACCUCUGGAAGGAGCUGAAACCUAUCUUGCUACUCGUCGGCCCCGGCAUGGCCUGCAUGUGGAUGGCCACGAGUCUUCUUGUUUGGGGACUUGUCGGCACGCCGAGCUUUUUGCACGCCCUAGCUGUCGGGGCAUGCGUCACUCCUACCGAUCCAGUCCUGUCUGCCGUCAUUGUCAAGGGCAAGUUUGCCGAUCAUAACAUCCCCAAAGACUUGCAGGAUCUCAUUGUUGCCGAGUCCGGAACGAACGAUGGCCUGGGAUACCCCUUCUUGUUCUUCGCCCUCUACCUUAUUAAAUACAUAGGAUCCGGCGCAACCUCAGGUGGUGCUGGGGAUGCCAUGGGUCUUUGGUUUGCCUUGACGUGGGGAUAUACCAUUAUCCUAAGCAUCAUCUAUGGUGCCGUGGUAGGUUGGCUAGGCCGGGAACUGCUCUACUUUGCCAAAAAGCGCAACUACGUUGACCGUGAGAGCUUCCUCGUUUUCGCUGUCGCCUUGGCUUUAUUCGUUCUAGGCACCUGUGGUCUGAUUGGCACAGACGAUGUGUUGGCAUGCUUUAUUGCUGGCAAUGCCUUCACCUGGGACGAUUGGUUCCGCCUACAGACCAAGGAUGACUCGUUACAGCCGACAAUUGAUAUGCUUCUUAAUGUCACCAUCUUCCUAUGGUACGGCGCCUACCUCCCGUGGAGAGAAUUUGGCCACAAUUCUGUCAUUCCAUUGAGUCGACUGAUUCCCCUUGGCCUGCUGGUGCUGCUUCUACGACGCGUACCGUGGGUGUUUGGCAUGCACAAAUGGAUUCAUCAAAUUAGUCAUGCCCGACAGGCCAUCUUUGUGGGAUUUUUUGGCCCAAUCGGUGUGUCGGCUGUCUUCUAUCUCUUCAUCAGUAUUGAAUUCAUUCAGCAGCAUUUGAGUGAUGAAAAUGGCAUUCCCAGAUCGGAUGUCAAGGACCUCGCUGAGACAAUUACAGUGGUGGUUUGGUUCCUCGUCGUGUGCAGUAUUGUUAUCCAUGGCCUGAGCAUUCCCGUCGGCAAGCUAGGGUAUCUCGCGCCAAGACUCCAUCGCGUGCUGAGUGAAAGUCUCAGUGAGACACUUAGCACUGAUCGGUUCAGCGGCCAGGCUCGCAGGCGGAUUCCCUUCUUUGGUAGAUUUAUCAGGGGACCAGAGGAUGUUGAAGCAAACCUUGCAGCACAAGUGCGUCAAGGCACGGCGCCGAUUCGUCGGACGGGACAGGGUGUUGUACCUUCCAAGAUCAAACCAGAACAAGACCCUAGAGGCGCAGCAGUUGUAGGUCCGAACAGUCACGAAGAUGCUGAGAGCUCUGGAACUCGAACGAACAUUGAGGGUGAAGCCACAGUCUCGGAGACGUGGACUGUGGCAAAGGGGAGAAGUCAGUCUGUCGAUGAGCCCGAAGCUCUGGUUUCGGAAACCAGUAGCCCUGGCCGGAGUGCGAGAAGGGAGAUCCAGUUCUCUGACGAGGUGCCGGCGAGCCCACGAGCUCCGACUAGUAAGCGAACUUGA